AAUAAUUAGAGGUUUUUUCCUGGGGGAAAAUAAUGUUUCAAACUUCAGCCCCAAAGGAUUUAAACAGCAGAAAUGAAGUCAUUUUUUGAUAGUUUUCGAGCAGGAACAUGGCAGGAGAUGGACUGAUGAAACAAUCUGGACAGAGUUUCCUGAAGAGAAGGAUGUGACAGAACUGAUCAAAGCCCAAGUUUGGGGCUCAGAUCAGCAGAAAGGCGGCAGAAGGCUGAUCCCCUUAUUAUUGAACAGGAAGUCUGAUCAAUAUGGCCGCGUUCAGCUUGAGUCCUAUUAUCUGGAAGCAGAUCUCACUGUGCAGCUCACCAGUCUGAGGAGAAAACUGUUUUUACAAAAAUCGUGGUCGUAUCUUCUGACUUUAUGUCUUGUCCUGAAACUGAACCGUGAAGCUGGCUGUAAAAUAUCCUGUGGAUAAGCGAGUGAGGUUAAGGCUAGGAGGCCGUCCAUCCUUCAGUGCAACACUUCUCUUAGAUUUCUUCAAAUGUGUCUUGCGUUGGUCCUUUCGUCUUUCUGGACCCUCUGGGAUGGGACUCAAAGCAGGUACGACACGCAGAAGUCUUAAUCUGUGACAUUGUCAGUGGAAGUGGCCCAUUAAGGAUUUGUGGAGUGUCAGAUUAGAGCCCUGCGUCGUCAUAAAUCUCUGCCUCCCAAUUUGGCCGGGUGGUGGCAGAAGGGGGGGGAGGCUGGUGCUCUGUGGAGUCUUUGGAUUUGCUGGAAUAAAGAUUUCUUCUUCCACUUGGCUCAACCUCAUCAAGUUGUUUUCGGUCUGGGACGAGCUGCGGCUGGGCUGCUUCAUGGUCUGUACGCGGACCCCCGUUUGGAUUUCGGAGGUUUCUUCGCCGCUCUGCUGAGCUUUGACGCCAUGAACUUCUGCAUUCCGGACACGUACGAGAUGCCUCACCCAGGGGUGGGAGGCUACACCGUACAAAGCGGGGGGGAGCAUUGCAUGUAUCCAGGUGAGGGGCCCGGGUACGGACAAUACGAGCCUCAGCCACUGCACCAUCCACCCUGCAUGGAGCAGACUUGGCCCCCCAGCCAGCACUUCUCGUGCUCGUAUGCCGGGGGCUCUUCGUCCUUUAAGUCGGAGUUCAGCAGCGGCGACAUCCCUUUGAGCCACUUCCACUACCAGCCUGAGUACUUCCCUGAGGUCAAAGCCGACUUUUCACACCUGCAGUGGAUGCAAGGGGCCCACCGGAAAGGUUACAUACCGAGUUACCUGGACAAGGAUGAACUGUGUGUCGUGUGCGGGGACAAAGCCACAGGAUAUCACUAUCGCUGCAUCACCUGUGAGGGUUGCAAGGGAUUCUUCAGGCGGACCAUACAGAAAAACCUCAAUCCAACGUACGCCUGUAAGUACGAGGGGAAGUGCGUCAUCGACAAAGUGACCAGGAACCAGUGCCAGGAAUGUCGCUUCAAGAAAUGCAUAGCCGUGGGAAUGGCAACAGACUUGGUGUUGGAUGACGGCAAGCGGUUGGCCAAGAGGAAGCUCAUCGAGGAGAACCGGGAGCGCCGUCGCAAAGAGGAGCUGCAGAAAACGGCGUGGGACCGGCUGGAGCCCACCCAGGAGGAGUGGGACCUCAUCCGCCUGGUGACUGAGGCCCACACGACCACCAACGCUCAGGGCAGCCACUGGAAGCAGAAAAGGAAAUUCCUGGUCGAGGAAGCAAUGCUUCUUAAUGAAAUAACAUGUAAUUUAUUCUAUACUUCUGACCAGAGUCAGGCGGGGGGAAAGGAAACUAAGCCAGAGGAUUUUGGUCAAUCAUCCGUGGUCAGUUCACCCGAUGGAAACAAAGUGGACAUUGAAGCCUUCAGUCAGUUUACAAAAAUUAUCACCCCUGCUAUAACCAGAGUGGUGGACUUUGCCAAAAAACUGCCAAUGUUUUGCGAGCUGCCUUGUGAGGACCAGAUCAUCCUGCUGAAAGGCUGCUGCAUGGAGAUUAUGUCGCUGCGUGCCGCCGUUCGCUACGACCCGGAGAGCGAGACCUUGACGCUGAACGGCGAAAUGGCUGUCACCCGGGAUCAGCUGAAAAAUGGAGGCCUGGGCGUGGUUUCAGACGCCAUCUUUGACCUGGGCGUGUCGCUUUCCUCCUUUAACCUGGAUGACUCGGAGGUGGCUCUCCUGCAAGCUGUCAUCCUGCUCUCCUCUGAUCGUCCGGGCCUGAGCAGCACGGACCGGAUCGAGCGAUGCCAAGAGGAGUUCCUGCUCGCCUUUGAACAUUACAUCAACCACCGCAAACACAAAGUGGCGCACUUCUGGCCUAAGCUGCUAAUGAAAGUGACGGACCUGCGCAUGAUCGGCGCCUGCCACGCCAGCCGAUUCCUCCACCUGAAGGUGGAGUGUCCCACUGAGCUGUUCCCCCCACUUUUCCUGGAGGUCUUUGAGGACUGACCCAUGGGCGUGUGCGCAUUCUCGUAUGUGUGUGUCGAGGUCCUGGGCACCCUGACGGUCUCCGGGGCGGAGCCAGCAAGCUGCACAUCUCAAUGAACUGAGUGUCCCUUCAUUCCGUAGUUUAGGGGUCACGCUACGGUCCAGCUCUGACAUUCCUCACAGAUCAUGUGAGGAGCCCCUAGCUUUUCUUUUAUUUCAUGACUUGCUCUUAGAUUUGUUGACAAAGUGCUGAUCUAAUCAACGCUUGUUCUCUGGUGACAAACCACAAAAAUGUUUCUUCUCUUAAAAACGGGACGAUGCACUACAAGACGCCUAGUUCGCUUCUCUGCUUAUCCGACCUGUCUCAGUUUGUUCCCUCCAGGAUGUUUGGUACUUUGCUAUCACACUGUGAGCACACCCAUUAGCAGCUCCACACCCGAAGAUCAUAAACUCGUCCAGGUAGAGGAGAUGUCGCGUUUGGAAGUUUCAGAAAAAAUAGAAUUUUGCAGGAGAAGUCUGGCGAACUCUGAUUAAGAUGCAGCUCAACUUUACACGACUGACGAUUAAAUCGGAUUCUUUUUCGGGGAAAGUUCAACGAACCCGAACAUGUUUACGUCAUUUCCUCCCUUUGAUGCUCGUCCUCUCUUUGGUCCGUGGAAGGUUCCACGCUGAGGUUCACUUCAGCGUAAAGGUCUGUUUCCUGGGAACCCUGGUUCUCAGUAGAGUUCAGCCGAGCUUUCACGCCUGCCAAACUAAGAGGACCUUCAGAUGAAACCAGCUCUGGAUCAGACCUGGACCAAACCUGUCAGGAUGGCUGCUGCCUUAAAUGAAACGCAAACAUGUUAGCUUUGAUGAGAUCGUUUGAAAUGAAAGCUGUGAAGGAUGGCAGACAGACGAUACAGAUUUACAAACGCUGAAUCCACCCUAAUGUGUUUACCUGCUGUUCAUUCUGAAAUACAAUUAGGGAAAAUGCAAGCUGGAGCUGUGACUGUGGCGCCUGAAAGACAGAUAAAGGGUAAACCAAAGCUUUUGUUGCCUGAAUGUGAAGAGAAUUUCUUCGAGAGUUGACAAAUCGGGAAGAAGAAGAAGAAAAGAAUGCAUUUUCUGCUUUCACAAAGUUCUGUUGCAGAUUGUUCUACACAUCAGCACCUUCCCAGAUGUCUGUUCACUGUUCCAGAAUGAGAAAGUUCUCAGGUUGCAGAGCUCACUGAAUCUGAGUGAGAUCUCAAGUUCAGGUUUAUGUUUUUUGAAACACAACAGCUGCUGUUACACUUGAACAAUUUUUUUUUUCUUUGAAGAAAACAGUUAUUAACUCCUGGAAUGUGUGGAUUUCUUAAGUUUAUCUUUUUUUUUUCAUACGUUUGCUCACCUGAUUGUCACAGAGAGAUCGUGACGGCACAGAAAAACUGAGUUUUAAUGGUAAAGAUUCACAGGGAUUGAAACAACAGUAAAACAGGGGCGCACAGUCAGGGAAAGGACAAGCACAAAACAGCUCUCAGGGCAGGAAGUGGCAAUUGUGCAAACUCUUUUUUUUUUCUAAGCCAGUUUGUUCCCUUAUCAGUGAACUUUCCUCAUGGUGAGGUCAUGAGUUCUGCUUUUGCACUCACCUUCUACAGUCCUGUCACUUUAAGUCCUGGUGCUAUGGGAAGUUCAUUCUGUUUAUGCAUUCAAAGUGGGGGCACACACAGGUCAUCGAUGAGACCCCAUCACUGUGAGCCGCUGGUGGAUGCUGGCUCUCUCUCUCUGUCGGCAGGUCACAGAUGAGGGCCUGCGAGAUGCUGAUCUUCAGCCGCUCCUGGUGUGUCCACGUCUUUUUCAUUCGUCGCUUUUUUUUUUCCAAAGCUUGACGCACCUCCUCAAAGCAGUUUGUGACUUUUCUCCUCAUUUCCGUGAAGUGAUGCCUUUUUAAAAAAAAGCAAUAGACUUGCUUCGGUGUUUAAAUGACUUUAACCUAAAGAGCACUUGCACACCUUGCAGACUCAAGCAAAUGCACAGACAAUCAGAGGGGGAGAGAACAUGACCGCUGCCAAAGCCAGACUACGCUGAAAGAAAAUGUUGUUAGAAAACGAUUUUUCACUUUUACAGACUAGAGAUAGAAAAUUACAUUGUAUGUAAUAGAAUUCCUUUGUUUUAACAGUUCUGGGAUCUAGAAACAACAACAGAGCAAUCAAGAUCUGAUUUGCUGGACCCAGAUAUGUUUUAAGCAUCAAGUUGUCUUAAUAUUACAGGAAGUCCUCCUCAUAUUUACAAAAUUGUAGGUGAUUAAUGUUCACCUUAUACUAUGAUCAUUAGUGUUGGUCAGACCAGAGGGGCAUUGUGAGAUCCCACUGCUGACACCAGUGGCACAAACGUUAUGUAAAUGUAACUGCAGUUGUUGCCACCACUUUUGUUGAUUUGGCUCGGUUCUAAUGUUGAUAAAUCAGUGACUCCCCAAACCCAACCUGCUUAUUUACAGAGGUCCAAACUAGAAUGAAAUAAUACUGUGUUUUGAGCUCUUCUUUGGAUUCAUAAGUAGUGGGUUUAUUUCAAAUCAGUCUGUUUGGGUGCAGCAGAAAGACAUGAAACUUUAUACCACCUUAACCUGUGGUUCACCCGUACAGCUGAUCCUGAUGAUCUACCAAACCUUCAUGUUUUCCAGCUGUGUACCUGCUCUACACACGUUACCUUGAUCAGGUGGUUCUGAUGGGCCGAACAUACCUUCUUCAGCGAGCUAGUUGUAAUUGGUAAAUGGUUUGCACAUGUUUAGCACUUUUCUACCUAUCUAAGCACAUUGCUCACAUAAACACACUCAUUUACGGACUGAUACUAACUUAACUUUAAUCUAAUCUGACUCACUCCAGGCAGCUAUCGGAUGCUUUAACAUGUGACUGGGGUAACAAAGAGUCAAACUGACCCUUCAGUUAGCAGCCAACUGCUCGUCUACCUGUAUAGCAGCUGGAAAACAGAAAGUGCAGUAGAUCUAGAUGAAUAUUAAGAAAAUAUGAUGUAGCAAACAACCUGGAGAACUAUAAAACAGCUGACUGGACUGAUGUCAAUAAUAGAAAGAUAUGAUAAUAAUCCCAAAAUGCCAUCAUUAUCCUUUUUUGCAAAGAGAAGGAAAAAAACAUUAAUAAACCCAGCAUUACCUUUUCAAAUUAAAAGUAGCCUUACCCUUAUUUUAUAGUACUGUUCAGAGAUAAAAUGACAAAGUGCUUUUACCUAGGAAUACUUGGAAAACCAAACACAGAUAUAUGAAUAAAAAUUGGACCAAUCAAAUUAAAAUAAAACAAUGAAGAUUAUCCAUCUAUCCAUUUUUUAACCCGCUUUAUCCCUGUUGGGGUCACUGGUGGGCGAAGGCGGGGUUCACUCUGGACAAGUCCCAAGCCUGUCACAGGGCAAAAAUGAAGAUGAAAGGAAUCCAAAAUAAAGGCUACAAAUAUACUGAAUGUUCUUUUAAAUAAGAGUCCUUAGCUCCUUUGUGAGAACCAAUACUGAUUCCAACCACCCUUAAAAAGGCGUUAAAAAGAAGUUUUGAUCCAGCGACUUAAAAUGAAUUCUUAGAUUGACUGAAGCAAGGAAUAGAAUUCCUGUUAAAACUUCCUGAUAAUUGCAGCAUUUUGCACCAAAAGCAUGGAGAGUGAAAGCUAGAUCUGUUGACAGCCUUGCAUGAGAUUAAAUGUUUUUAGCCGAUUCUGGUCUAGGUUAGAUUAUUAUGAAAAAAAUAUUUUUUUUAAAAACAGAGGUGGACUUAGUUUGGUUUAAAAAAAAUCCAAAUACUUUCCAUUAAUGUCCUAUUCUAACUAUUUCUGGAAUGUAAAGACUCUUAUUGUGGUGGAUUAUGGGAGGGGCUUUAAAAACACAGACAAAGUCAUGCAUGAGAAAGGAAAAACUGAUGGAAUACAGUUGGGGGAAAAAAGACGGAUUUUUAUUCUAAUGUCGCUUUGAUUCAGUAACAUCUCUACCAGCAAGUUUGACAAAAGCAAUACAGUUAAGAAAAGUUUUUUGUUUUUUUCUUGGUAUUGUGGGCAGCAGCAAUUCACUAAAACCCAACAGACGUGGUCGGCAUCGCCUGUUGGUCCAGAAUGUGGUUUUGGGCAGUUCACUGUUCUCUCUCACCUAUUGUUCCUCUUUUGAUGACUCAGUUACAAACCAACCAGAAGACCUGCACCAUAGAAAACUCUUACAGAGGAAACAGGAUGUAUAUUUUCAUACUGCAGACUUAUUUUACAGAUGCAUGCAGCUCAACAAAGAUGUGGUUUUGGUUUUAUGAAAAUGAAUUCUCGGAAAAUCAUGUCAAUUUACGAAAACGUUUGUUUUUUUAAAGGCACUAAUGGACUGUCUGCACAAACUUCUUUUGGGACAACGUUUCUGUCGCACAUAAGCAGCAGCAGAAGACCCACAGAUUGUCUCUCAGUGUGUCUAAAUGUAUCCCUGUUCAGCUCAUCACAUACUGAAACACAGGAGGGAAUGCAGUCAUUUCCACAGGAAACUGUAAAUGCACAUGAUAGACUGCAGCUGAUGUAAAUAAAGAUCCUUUAAAGAAAA